AUGAAGGUGUACUGCAUUUACGAUGGAAAGAAUGUCAAGGGCGAGGUUGUAAACAGGAUGGCAGAGUCCUUCAAGCUGAAGAUCGAUAUACCAGCCUCCUGGAGAGAAGGGCCGUGUGAGCGACUUCUUACGUUCUUUCUGAGAACACUAAAGGCGAAGCGUGAUGUCGAUGUGGCUGCCGACGAGGUGGUGAUGCAGUGUAGUGGUCUUGUAAUCAGGCUGCGAGACUCUAUAGGAAGUUGUGUUUCUGAUUACAACGACAUCGUUAUUCUGCACAAGAUACCGGAAAAGGUAGAGGGGACCCAUGAAGGCGAGCUGAAGUGUACCAACUUCGGCUGUAACGAGUACUACAAGGAGGAAGAGAAUACGGACAACUCAUGUCAUUAUCACUCCAAGGGUCCCGUAUUUCACGACUUGGAAAAGCACUGGGGGUGCUGCGAAGGCAAAAAGGCCUUUGACUGGGAGAGUUUCGAGCAGAUCCCAAAGUGCUGUGUGGGUCGCCACAGCACAUCAAACAAGCCGUUUGUGUUUCCGAAGGAGGAGGUGUUGAACAUCCCUCUUUCGGCCUCUCAGGUGGCGCAAGCAAGCGCGGCAUCCUCGGGCAUGCACGACGGGAAGCGAACGACUGGGCCGAGGGAGUUCGAGGGGGCUGCGUUUGCGCAGACCCAGCCCCAGGAAAUUGUGGAUGGCAAGGCGAGGUGUCGAAAUUUCGGUUGUGCAAAGGAGUUUGUGGUCGCGGAGAACACGAAGUCGUCUUGCCGUUACCACAAAGAGGGACCUGUUUUCUGGGACACGUACAAGUACUGGAAGUGCUGCCCGGAUAAGAAGUGCUUAGAGUUUGAUGACUUUGUGAAGGUUCCCGGGUGCUGCGAGGGAGCGCAUAGGCUGUGA